UAUAUAACUUCUUCUUCUUCCUCUGAUUAGCUAAAAAUGGGCAGGUCUGAUUUCUUGUGUGCUGGACUUGUGAUUCUUCUCCUUCAUCUGAUUCCAGGGAUUCUGGGUUGGGGAAAACUGGGGCAUUACGCUACCUGCAAGAUUGCAGAGGCCUAUCUUACUAAAGGUGCAUCAGCUGCUGUGAAAUCAUUACUUCCUCGUAUAGCCGAAGGAGAUUUAGCCAAUGUCUGUGCAUGGCCUGAUCAAAGCAGGUUCCGUUAUCGCUGGAGUUCAGCUCUUCACUACAGCGACACUCCUGAUUUCAGAUGUAACUAUGUUUUCAAAAGAGACUGUCAUGACACUAAAGGACAGGAAAAAAGAUGUGUUACGGGAGCCAUAAAUAACUACACAACGCAGCUUAUGUCUUACAAAGACACUUAUUCCUCAAAGAGAUAUAAUCUAACAGAGGCAUUGAUGUUCUUAGCUCAUUUCAUAGGAGAUGUUCAUCAGCCUCUACAUGUUGGUUUUGUUGGCGAUCUAGGAGGAAACACCAUCAAUGUACAUUGGUACAGGAGGAGAUCUAAUUUGCAUCAUAUAUGGGAUACUCUAUUCAUAGAGUCUGCAAUGAAGACACUCUACUCAGAAGAUCUUGGUGUCAUGAUCAAGUCGAUUCGAAAGAACAUUACUGAUGGAUGGCGGGAUGAGUUAAAGAACUGGGGAGAUUGCGCGAAGGCUAGAGUUAUUUGUCCAGGCUCGUAUGCAUCUGAGAGUAUUAAAUUGGCUUGCAAAUAUGUCUACAGAAAUGCUACGCCAGGAACCACCUUAGACGACGAUUACUUCUAUUCGCGGCUGCCUAUCGUGGAGAAGAGGCUCGCCCAAGGUGGGGUUCGUCUAGCAGCAGUUCUUAACCGCAUCUUCACUCGUAAAUCAUUGGUUUUGCAACAGUGGGACUAA